AUGCUGGAGCCAGAUGGCCCAACCCAUCAUGGCGACGACAUACACGGUGAUCAUGUUCGAGGACGGAAGGGCGGACCACCCAGCGAAUUACUCAUACCCAAAAACCGCAGCACCAGCAACCUUGUUGGGAAUGCCCCCAAAUCCACGGAUAGAUCUCGAAUACGGUUCUCCUUCGACGCAGGAAUGGUGGGAGCAGGAUAUGACCCGAUGUCAAGGUCACCGAUCAUGACGGACCAUGAGCACGGCUUGGGUGCUUCAGGUUUAAGUCGAAUUCGACAGCCUCCAUCUCGAGUCCCUACCAUCCCGCCAUCUGAAGCUUCGUCCCGAAAUCCUUCUGUCGGACCACCAUCCGGAACCUCGACCUACCCUAAUUCCCGAACCGCCUCCAUGGCUAUCCCUUCUGGGGCUUCCUCUCCCACUUUAAAUUUCACAGAAGAUUUGACCCGAUUUCCUUCCGAGUCCUUACAUUCGUUCUCGUUUGCCCACCAGGCCGAGGAGUUCACCCACAAUCGCCAGAAUAUCUUGAAGAGAUCGGUAGAGUUUAUGACUCAGAAGCUAGGAUGGGCACAUACAAAUAUGGGCAUAGUCAGCGCGCAAGCGCGGGUGACGGGGGAUGCUGAAAUGCAAAGUAUGCUCGACCUCCUGGCGAGGGCGAAGUUGGUGGGUGGAAAUAAUAUUGCAGGCUCUGGGGAACCAUAUCUCGCUGGGCCUUUUACUGGACCUGCCACACUUGAACAUGCUGAAAAUGUGUUUGAUGCCGACUUUGGUCCACGCUCCACGAGCCCCGAGUUGCUGGGAAGUCCCCGUUCUUUAUCACCGGGCGUCAGCAAACCCACUCUGCUUAUUGAAACGCAUAUCGAUGAGCCGCAAACAAGUGAAUCCCAGAACGAAGGCAGUGCUGCUCAACAACCUGGUUCUGAAGGGUCCUCUAGAACUCCUACAAAUGAGAGCCGUACGACCGCAAUGACCUCUCCACCUGCCUCGCGGCGGCAGAGUCUUCUAAGAACUUAUUCAGACGUUGCUCCUGUGUCAUUAAGGAACAAACUGAUGGAGGCUUUGUCACAGACACCCGUAGCUGGGGAAUUCAACGAUCAGCUCCUCUCUCCUACAGUCCCUCAAUCCGCUGGCCCUUGGCCAACCGGAAAAUCAGCAGGCCUCCAUCCUUCUGGACACGCGGUACAUGGACAUUCUAGUCGAUGGACUCCAGCUGCUCAAGCGAUCUUCACAACUGAGAGCACAGCACCGUACACAAUUCUAGCUGCGAACGAUCUUGCCUGCCUCGUCUUCGGUGUUACAAAAGCAGAGGUCCGCAAGAUGGGGAUUCUGGAAGUUGUUCGGGAGGAGAGGAGAGCCUGGCUGGAAGAAAGGUUGCAGGCGCCUGGUACAGCUUCUGGGUUCAGCUCGGGGAAACAGAGUCUUCGAACGCCAGACUCCAGUCAGGAACAACUACCAAGUAGCUCGAACCCUGCAAUUUCCUUUCUCUUCGGUAGGUCGGGAGUUACUGCGAAUCUCCUUAACAGGCCAAACUCCCGCCAAACUCAAAAGCCUGCUCGCAGGGCACAAACUGAUGACGGCGCUGGAUCGAGUCUUGUAGCAAGGGCAAAGGCCGUUAAGGGCGGGUUAAACCAUCUUGGCAACAAAUCCAGGGGCGUCUUGCUUUGUGGCGAUGUCGUCCCAAUUCAGAAGCGAAAUGGAGCCACGGGUUCGGCAAGCCUGUGGGUUAAGGAGAAAAGGGGUGGCUUAAUCUGGGUGCUGGAAGAGAUCCAUGAAGAUGUGGUUGUUCUAGGUCUAAGUGAUGAUGCCAAAGUUACAAAGAUUGAUGGUUCUACUACGCCAAUUUGGGGAGAGAACAUUGUUCGUCCUAGCAUAGAUAUUGGGAAGCUGAUACCAAGAUUACCUCGACAAGGGAUCGACUCGAGGACCGGCGAGAUUGAUUAUGCUGAAGUAGUAAAACGGAAAUUCUUUACGGCCCGCAACGCGGGCCAAGCAAAUAUCCCAUGCUUAAUCGACCGAGUCCAAGGCAGUACCGAUCUAAGGGUAUCUAGCUUUCCUCACAUUGCUGGGAUUAUUGUUCUCUCGGCAGAAACCUUAACAAUCACAAGUUCCAACUCAGCGUUCUCGGCAGCCCUUUUCGGACAGGAGAAGCCUGAUGGACGACCUAUCACUGAUCUCAUCCCGGAUUUCGAUCGCAUUUUGAAGAUCCUCACAGAGGAAGAUGGUGUACAUUUGGCUGACGGUAUUGUUAUUCCUGAGCAUAGCUUUCGAUAUGCUAGGGCAUAUUUAGCAUUGCGGGAUGGUAAACCAGAUGCCGCUUCGUUCUUCCUCCAGCCUAAUGGACUCCCAGCCAAACACAGGGAUGGCUCGGAGAUCAAGAUUGAUGUACAGCUCAGAGUGGUCAAGUCAGAUCCUCAUGUUCCCCACUUUGACGAGAACGUUAUCGAAGAGAGGAGUGACGACGAAGGCAGUCCCGUUGAGCCCCAGGAAGCGGCACCGGCAGAGCUUGUUUACGCGUUGUGGGUUACCUUUUCUCGGCAGCUUCAUAGCCCUAGUCAGGGUCCUGGUGCAGGUGCAGGUGCACCGAUAGCCUCGGGCAUCCAAACUCCUCACCAGCCUUCACCCGGUCAAACAGAAAUUGCUAGUCCGGUUGAUAUGGACUCAGAUAGCGAGCCUCAUAAAAGGGAGGUCUCCCAUGCUUCCUUAUUGACUUCUCAGCUGAGGGAAGUUGCAAAAAAGACGGCUAGCAAGUUUAUUGGUCGCGAUCGGCCUGUUGCUACACAGGAACAAGUUAAGGAGAAGGUAACAGAGGUUGUGCCGCCUCAUAAAAAGGUGAUAGAUGACUUUGUUAUUCUUGAAGAGAUGGGCCAGGGUGCCUACGGGCAAGUGAAACUUGCAAGGUACAAGAAGAAUGGUAACCGCAAGGUGGUACUCAAGUACGUCACAAAACGGCGGAUUCUAGUUGAUACUUGGACUCGGGAUCGAAGAUUGGGCACUGUCCCUCUGGAGAUUCACGUACUUGAUUACCUCCGACGAGACGGACUCAAACACCCGAAUAUUGUCGAAAUGGUUGACUUCUUUGAAGACGACGUCAAUUAUUAUAUUGAGAUGGUCCCACAUGGUCUCCCGGGAAUGGAUCUCUUCGAUUAUAUUGAACUCCGCGUCAAUAUGGAGGAAGAUGAAUGUCGCAGCAUCUUUGUUCAAGUCGUAAGAGCCAUUCAUCACCUCCACACAAAAGCUCUCGUUGUCCACCGUGACAUCAAGGAUGAGAAUGUGGUCUUGGAUGGCGAAGGGAACAUUAAGCUUAUCGACUUCGGAAGCGCUGCAUACAUCAAGAAUAGCCCGUUUGAUGUCUUUGUGGGUACAAUUGAUUAUGCGGCACCCGAGGUCCUAGCCGGCAAGCCUUACCAUGGUCCAGAGCAAGAUGUCUGGGCUUUAGGCAUACUCCUAUACACUAUUAUCUACAAGGAGAACCCCUUUUACAGCAUUGAUGAAAUUAUGGACCGCGACCUUCGAAUCCCAUACGUGAUGAGCGAGGAGAGUAUCGAUCUGAUCCGUGCGAUGUUGGACCGCAACGUCGAAUCCCGAGUAACGAUCGACCAGGUGCUAGAGCACCCAUGGUGUUUGAGCGGGGAAGCUGAUUGA